UUAGCCAUUGGGCUGCCGUUGGAAUCAGGUGCCAGUUCUCACCAACCUUUGCUGAGUUUCGCUCAGACAGGAAGCUGUAUUUUCCCUUUUGAGAUCAUCCUGAACAGAAAGAGGAAGUUUUUCUGUCCCCCGGCCCCGCGCUCGAGCAGGCUGCACCUCCAGUGCUCUGCGCAGAGGACCGGACUCAUCUCCGCUGUAUGGAGGUCUACCAGGAAGCGGUGGCUUAUCUGGAGUCCCAGCAUGUUCCAGUGGAAGAAGAAACGGAGGUGUUGGAGGAGGAUGUUUUCCAGGAGGAGGCAGUGUCCUGUUAUCUCUCUCCUCUGAACACGGAGAGCAUAGACUUCCCCGACACUCCAACGUCAUGCAGCCCGGAGGAGAUGUUGGAGAGGAGGCUCGUGGUCCUGAAAGGCAUCCUGGAGAGUGAGGAGGUCUAUCUCCGAGAGCUCGACGCCCUGCUGAUGGUAUCAUCCCCACAAAACACUGUUAUACUUACCCUCCAAAGCAGCUCCACCUGUUCACAUUUCUCUUCCCUUAUUUUAAUCUUCCGCAGAGAGCGGGCUGGCUGCUGCGGCCCUCCUAUGUUUGACCAGCUCACUGAUCCCGCCUCUUCAUUCUCUCUCUCCCCGAAGCCCAUGAAGGCUCUGCGGGCGGCCGCCGGAACCUCCCAGCCGGUGCUGUCCAGUCAACAGGUGCAGACCGUCUUCUACCACGUUCCCGAGCUCAGAGAAGUUCACCAGACGUUCUACUCGAGCCUGAAGGCCCGCCUGGGCUCCGGGGAGGAGGUGGGAAUGAGGCACUUUGAGCUGGAGGUGGGGGACCUGUUCCUGAAAAUGGUGAACCACAUCGGCCUGUAUGGAGGCUUCAUUGAAAACUACGAGAAAGCAGCCGACAUCGUCAGGCGGUGCACACACCCGUCUUUUCGGACGCUCGCCGAGAGCAUGUUUUCCAACCACGGCGCAGACAAAGCCCGGACGAAGUACACGUUUGAAGCUCUACUCUACAAGCCUUUGGACCGAGUGACUAAGACCACAUUAGCGCUGCUUGUGAGAGCACCCCGGAUGAUGAACCGCUUCAUCCAGCGACCCCGAGAUCUCCUGAAGACGACACCGGAGGAGCACCGAGACUACGCGGCCUUACAGGAAACCCUAAGGUUGUCUCGCAGCUUCCUGUCUGGCGUCAACGAGAGUUCGCAGAGCAAACGGGAGGUCACGCUCAGCCACGGCAUGCGUCGUCAGCUGAUACGAGACGGCUUUGUGGUGGACACGAGCGAAGGGGAGCGCAGCCUGCGUCACCUUUUCCUGUACACCGACCUCCUGCUGUGCACCAGGUUCAAACACGCAGGCAGAGGGAAGCAGGACCAGUACAGGUUCUGCUGGUACGUGCCGCUGGGGGAUCUCAGGCUCCGAUGGGUCGCAGACCAGGAACCCCCGCUGGACACCAGUAUCCUCCGAACCAAGAUGUUCCACCUACGGCAGCAGCUGCAGCGGCAUUUGAAGGGUCCCAAAGCUGUGUCUCUGGCAGCCCGUAGCAGGAAGAAACUGGAACAAAUGGAGCUGAUGAUGAUCACACUCUCUCCUGUUUACAGACUGGAGCUGCACAGCCCCAGUCAUAAGAGCCGCGCUCUCCUCUUCUCCUCCCUGUACGAACUGGAAGAAUGGAGGGAGGCCAUCCACAAACUCACCAGGGACAACAUCGAAACCGUCCCUCCGGACCUGCUCACGCUCACCGGGGCCUGUGUGAAGCUGAGAAUGACCCAGCACCCCCCUCUUCACAGCUCCAGCGCUGAAGAGGACGACAGAACGCUGUGCGGGACUUUGAGCGUGGCCAUCCAUUCAGCCUCAGGCCUGCAGGAACCAGCAUGCGUGUACGUGUCUGUGGAGGUGGACGGCUAUGAGUUUUACGACCGGCUGGCCCAGACCCACUCUUCAGUCCACAGCCUCAGCCCACACUGGGACCAGGAGCUGAGCUUCCAGGUGGACGGAGCACAGAACAUGAGGGUUCUGUGUGUGAGUCAAUCGGACGGACAGGACGACUCCAUCCUGGGAAAAAAUACCAUGAAGCUGGAGCCUAAGAGCCUGAGCAGGCGGUGGAGGAGACAGACGCUGGCGCUGGGGCAGGCGGAGGUGACGCUCUCCCUGAAGUUCUGCCCUCACCCGCUGGACCCCCCCGGCUCCGCGGCGCAGCGGCUGCCUGUUUUCGGCGUCGCCAUAGAGACGGUGGCGCAACAGGAGGGCGUGCUGGUGCCUCACGUGGUGCGCUGCUGCGUGGAGGAGGUGGAGAGGAGAGGCAUGGACGAGGUGGGGAUCUACAGGAUCUCGGGAACCACCGGCGACAUCGGCGCGCUCAAAGCGGCUUUCAACAGCAAUCUGCGGGAGGCGGUGACCAGACUGAGAAGCACAGAAGUCAACGCCGUCUCCGGCGUCCUCAAACUCUACUUCAGAGAGCUGCCUGAGCCUCUGAUACCCACCGCGAUGUUUCAGAGUCUGGCUAAAAUUCUGGACGUGCAGGACUGGAGCACAAAGAUGGACUCCAUGUUGUCUCUGCUGCAGUCCUGUCCUGACCCCAACCGCCACACCUUCCUGUACCUCCUGCAUCACCUCCAACGGGUCGCACAAAGCCAAGACGUUAACAAGAUGUCCCUCCUAAACCUGGCCACGGUGUUUGGCCCCAGCCUCUUACGCCCCCCCGUGGCCGGGCUGGGCCACAACGGGCCCACAGUGGACAUCUCUCAGGAGGUGGUGAUACAGGUCCAAGUCAUUUUCUGCUACCUUCAGUGCAACAACCUCCCAGAAGCCCAAACCUCUCUGCCUUACAGCGAAGACCCUGAAGAUGAGACCACCCACCUGUGAGACCACCACCGGUGAGGCGGCUGGCAGCAGAUUUAAAUAGCGAGUGGAGACAUCUGAGGGGGGACUGUGAGACAAUAAAGGUAUUUAUUGAUAAAAA